CCUACAGCGGAGAGGGCGUUUCCACGUCUUUGCCUUGGUUAAAGUGAUUGGCUAACAUUAGUGGCAGUCAUCCUGUAAAGCAAAACAUACCCGCCCAGUGUCCCCGGGAUGAGGAGAGGACGAGAGUUUCAACAGAAGAGAACAGGGAAAUGAAGUUGUCUGACAGGCCAGCCCAGUAACUCUCUUUACAACUAGGCAACUAGCUAGCAGGAUAGGUGACAGACGGUCACGAGUAGAGAGAUUUAUAGGAAAUAUCACAGCUAUGAAGGUCGUCCGCUUGAGCAACUUGUAGCUACAAGUAGUACACGUUAGAUAGCUAGCUAACGUUACAGCCACAUAUCUCGGAUAACGUUACACUUCAAAGUAACGUUAGCGUUACAGUGGUAAAAGAAAGUGGGGACAACUUGCUAGCCGGCUAGCUAACUUUUAGCCUCCGAGCCUCCUUCGGCUUCAAAACUAAAGUUCACUCGAGAUUUGGGCUUGGAUUACCAGUCUUCAGUCAUGCCUUUUCCUUUUGGGAAGUCUCAGAAGAGUCCAGCUGAUAUAGUGAGGAGUUUGAAGGAGAAUGUGGCAUCCAUGGAAAAGAUGGAUGCUGCUGACAGCAAAAAGUGCGAAAAGGUCGCGGAGGAGGUGUCCAAAAACCUGGCUUCACUGAAGGAGGUACUUAGUGGAACAGGUGACAAGGAGCCUCAAACCGAAGCAGUGGCUCAGCUUGCACAAGAGCUGUACAACACCAACCUCCUCAUCGCUCUCAUUGCAAACCUGCAGAGGAUUGAUUUUGAGGGGAAGAAGGAUGUGGUUCAUUUGUUCAGCAAUAUUGUGAGACGUCAAAUUGGCACCCGUACGCCCACGGUGGAAUACAUCUCUACACAACAACAGAUCCUGUUUAUGCUUCUGAAAGGAUAUGAAAGUCCAGAAGUGGCUCUGAACUGUGGAAUGAUGCUGAGAGAGUGCCUGCGUCACGAGCCUUUGGCACGGACAGUGCUCUUCUCCGAAGACUUCUACUGCUUCUUCCAUUAUGUUGAUCUCUCAACCUUUGACAUUGCCUCAGACGCUUUCGCCUCAUUCAAGGAUCUCCUCACAAGACACAAGAUUAUGUGUGCAGAUUUCCUGGAAAAAAAUUAUGACAGAGUGUUUACGGAAUACGAGAAGCUGCUGCAUUCUGAGAACUACGUCACCAAACGUCAGUCUUUGAAGCUCCUUGGGGAACUUCUCCUGGAUAGACACAACUUCACUGUCAUGACAAAGUACAUUAGUCGGGCGGAGAACUUGAAGCUGAUGAUGAACUUGCUAAGAGACAACAGCCGAAACAUCCAAUUUGAAGCUUUCCAUGUGUUCAAGGUAUUUGUUGCAAACCCCAACAAGACUCAGCCCGUGCUGGACAUCCUGCUGAAGAACCAGGCCAAACUCGUGGAGUUCCUGAGCCACUUCCAGACCGACAGAUCAGAGGAUGAGCAGUUCUGCGACGAGAAGAACUAUCUGAUUAAGCAGAUCCGGGACCUGAAGAGGCCCACGGCACCGGAGGAAGCUUAAGGUGGCAGGGACAAGCACUUCAUCAGGUGGUAGAUGUUAUUGGGUGGUGGCUGGAGCUGCAGAGGGCUAAGCGAGAGUCUAAAAGACAUGCUUCAUUAAAAUGUAAUAUUAACUACAAAAUAUAGGAAAAAAAGAUUACUUCCUUCACUUUCUGUUUUUUUUUUUUUUGUGUGGAGGUGAUUUCCAUCCAGCAACCUGAGUGGGCCAAGAACUGUUAUUUAAACCAUAGUGCUUCUUCUCUAGUGAUAAUUAAAUGCAUUUAGUCCGUUCUUGUAAUGUUGGACCUUAAACUGUUACCCUUCUACACACAUUGUGGCUGGCAGAGACCUUAGAAUGACAAAAAUGUCACCCCAUUCACAGCCAACGUGUGUUCUCGAAAGCCUUUCUCAGAAAUGUCUAUAUUUUAGAGAUUGAGAAGGUGAGGAGAAGUUAAUAUAUUAUUUUUUAUAAUGUAUCUUCAUUGGUAAACAGUUUAAAACAUACAGUAACCCUUCUCUCUGAACAUUUAAUCUAACUAAUUGCAUAGGUUUGGUUUCUUCCCUUAUUGUAAGCUGUUGUGUUGUACAGGGACUUAAAUGUUCUUUAGAAAAAUACGGCUUUGGCAGAGUGACGUGGAUCAUAUUGGCCAGGUCAGCACAUAGUAAUUUCUGGUGAUUAAUGUGUCGUUAUUAGGCCUUUGGUUGCAUGUGUGAGGUUACAGAGGUCAGAGAUGAUCCUGCAGUGUUGUACUUGCCAAUGCAUUAGCUGGCACAGGAAGAGGAAAUCAAAACCAUAGAGGAAUCAAUUAAUUGUGCUGUGAUUUUAGGCUGCGCUGAGCGAGGCUUGCACAACUGAAAUAGAAACAAGGCAUCAGAUAAUGCUGCAGGGUACUAGCUAUCCAUUCAAUGCUUACAUGGCUAGCCAGGAUAUACCAAUUGAUCUCACUGGGAGCACUCCAUCUCACCCUUACAUACUAAGCACAGAUAGAAAGUAUUCAUUUUAAAACAAUGCUUAAACAAUUCACGGGCUUUUAAACUACUUGAUGUAUGCCAUGUUGAGCAUUUCUCUUUUACAGCAUGAGCACUGCAUAACACAAGAAAUAGUAUUGCAACUUGCAUGCCCCACGAUGAUGCAUUAUAAGUAUGUUACACUGUAAAUGUAUUAUGUUCAUAUGAGAGCAUGAUGUGUUAUUUAAAAUUAGUGGAUAUGCCAGAAAGACUUAAUUCUAAUUUAAAUCAGGAAUGUCAUUUUCCUGAUGAAGUUUCCUCAUUUUGUUUUCAUUUGACACAUUAAACAUCUGCUACACUGCAUUUGAGAAUUGGGCAGACUGUAGGUAAUGGACAUUUUAUUUAAUACUUUGUUAAAACAAACUAGAUCACCUUAAUCUCAUCCAUGCAGUUAGUUACUUUACACCAAAGAAUGCAAAUAGAAAAUGGGGUGGCAGAUGCUAAAACAUCAGGCUUUCAAAAUUGUGUUUGUCUUUUCUGAUCUGAUUAUAAUACAUUUUCAUAGAAUACACUGUAACAUGCUUGUGAUGCAUCAGAACUCAUGUCCUAUCAGAUGUCAACAUUGUCAAAAUAACCACAUGCACUUUUAAAACAAGUUUGUUUUGGAUGAAGAGCACUGAAUUUAUUGAGUUCCUCACAUGCAUGAUUGAGAAGUUUUAUUUCUUCAAAAGACUUCUGUUCAAAUAAUUGCCUUACUUCUGCCAUUGUCACUAAAAUGGCAUAUUGGGGAUUUUAAGAAAUAUGUUGUCUGUGCACAGUCUUCUAGUAUAUACCUCAUGGGAUUUGAGUUUGCAAAGGUUCUCUUUCCUUUCCUUCCUAGACAAGAUAUUUUAUUUGACAGUUUAAAAGACACAACAGUGGUUUGUACGCAUGCCUAAACUGGAUAUAUAUGUUCAAACUUGAACAGGGACUGCGAGCUGGUUUUCACAAUGGAAAACUAGAUUUUUUUAAACUUAAAUUUUUCAUUGGGUGGUGCCACACACACGUUAAUUCAUAAUGAAUUGCAGUGUGGUACCUUGUAAUGAACGUUGCCUUAUUUAAAGACAUUUAAUGGAUUGUAAUGAUUAUGUAAAAUUCCAGACCUUUUUAAAACCGAAGUCAAUAUAGAAGGGGUGAAAAAAAUGUACAUUUCAAGUCCCAAAUGCAUUACUAGUUCAUUUCUCAGAUCCGCAUCUAGUGUAGUGUCGCUUUAUUACCAACUGCAUUGUGCUCUAAUGUGAUCCUGCGAGUGUAAAUAUAUAUUUUAAUAGACUACACUCAAGAGUAGUUUUUCAGUUGUGGUUAAUUAGCAUUUAAAUUCCAUAAAAUAAUUUGGGAGCUCUGCUGUGAAUGUGGUACAUUAUGCACAAAUAGACUCACGCCACCAGUUUACGAGAGAAAGUUUGUCUGAAAGUGUGUUUUGAGUUUCUUAAAAAUCCUGACUCCUGAUUUUUCAACUCCUUUGUGAUUAUUUAAUGUGAAACACAAUUAUUUAAAACUAUAUUAAGGCAUCGGACUUAACCCAUUUAUUAGUCAUUACUAAUAUAUCCAUGAGCACAAACAAACUUGCGACAAACUGUUGCGCAACAAGCUGUAAUAAAAAUUAUCUGAAAAGAAAAAUCCAUUUUAAUAAAGGACAUGCUGUACACAAGUCAUCCCGUUAGGGGGAGCUGUUGGCAACAAUUGGCCCAAUUGUUUAGUUGUGCAAACAAAGCAUGUCAUGAUUCUAUAACCCUACCUCUAAUAAUGAGUAUAUAAAUCACUGGCAAUAUUAUAUAGAUGUCAACACAAAUUCCUUCAGAUCAAUACUAUAUAUUUUGUGAUUUAGGGUUUUCUGUUUAAAUAUUUGUUGUGCUUUACAUUUUUUUUUUUUUUACUCUGUUGCCUUCUUUUUUCCCUUCUCUUUCCACACUCUGGAUAUUUUCUUUAUUUACCAUGGGAGCGAAUUAUGUGUACAUAACUUUCUAAAGGAUAAAAGUGUGAAAGCAUUCAUGAUAAUAAAACGUUAUGGCAAUUCA